AUGGAGGCAACUACAGUCGAUGAGGCUGUGUCGUCUCUCAAAGAGUUAUACGCCGAGGGCACCGAGCAUUACACCCAAUGGAAGAGGAAACGCACACUUGGAAACCACUACUGUCGGAAAUCAUCAGAAUCCGGUAUUCGAAGGGAUGUCAUUACAUGUGCUUUGAGCAUCUCGUUGGAGCUUGCGAGGAAUCAGAUCGAGGAGACUUAUGACAUUGCGACUGUUCUUAUUGGAACCGAUUUCUCCACCGGCGAUACACCAUGCCGGGAUAUGCUUUCCAACCAGCUGUUCAACCUCAGUAGUCGGGUUUCUCACCUACGCAGGGUCUCUUCUGACUCGAGCUUGACCGGCAUUCUCAACAUCUCAGAUAUCAUACAGACAUCCGAGUCUGUCAGAAUCGCCUCAGUCCAGGCCCUCGGUGCCUUAUAUCACCGUCUCGCCGCCGGACGCCCAGACAUCCCCGAGCACCUUCCCAUCUCAAAGCCCCGCUCGCGGCAUACGAGGCCCAUCUCGCAAUACUCGAGUAGCUCGUCAACCAACAACCACAGCAUCAUCUCUCAAGACGAAGAUGACGACGACGAAGAUGAAGAGGAGGAGGAAGACGACGACAUGUCGAUGACCAUGACCAUCAGCACCGACCAGGCACCCUUCCAAUCAGAACCGCCCUCGCCUCCACCAACGCCGCCAACACCAAAAGCCAUCGCCAGCGACGCCGUCUCCAUCUUCGCGCCCUCGGAAGCAGACACGACCAGCACUACCGCCUCUGCCUUCCUCCGCCCCAAAGUCAGCGUCUUCAGCAUGUUCUGCCCAGAGGCCAUGACGCUCCAGGUUGACCUCUCCAAGCCGAUCCCCGACGCGCCGAAGCGGUGCAAGUGCGGGUACCGAUGGAACCCGCUGCUGCCCGGCAACAAGGACUACAUUGUUCUCAAGGACGGCUUCCGCAUGUCGAGCCGGUUCCUGGCCAAGUCGCACUCGGACAGGAACAUGUUUGCGUGCUGUUUAUGUGUGCCGACGGGGACGACGGAUAACUACGAGUCGGCAGACGCCUUGAGAGCGCAUAUUAAUUUGUAUCAUCGCAAGUGGCAGAUUUUGCAUGAUCGCGAUAUUCACUAG